UAAAUCACGUGACCGGCUUUGAAUUCUCCGCUGGCAGCAGCAGCAGCGGCAGCGUUCGUCGCACAGCCGCACCUGUUUACAGCAUAACAGUGUCGUGCCAGCGAUUCGCAGCAUCCGGACUGCAUACCAGCGAAGCAUCGCCACAUCAAGUCACUCAGGUGAGGUUGAAGGAUCGACGGAUUUACAUCGGCCGAAGAGUUGAGAUAGACAGACCGUCAGAAUGAACGUCGCAGAGCUUCUGAUCGUCGUAGCAGCGAUCUCGUCUGCCGUCGUGGCCCAGCAGGCAGGGUUUGAUGAUGAGAGGAGACCAGCCAUCACAUGGAUGAGCAAGGACCUUGUUGUGGACAUCGGUGACGCCGCCAAAGUUGAAUGUCGCGUCAAGAACAUAGGCAUCAACACCGUGGUGUGGAUGCACAUACAGCAGAACGGCGUGGCCAGACCACUGACCAGCGGUCUGACGCGCAUGAUCCGCGAUGACCGCUUCAACGUCAGGAUCGAGGAGAACGGAGAACUCUACGUACUCGACAUAGCCGAGGUGAGAGAAGAGGAUUCUGGACCGUACCAGUGUCAAAUCACCUACUCGUCACCAGUCUACAGAAACGUGAUGAUCAGCAUUAAGCUUCCUCCAAGGAUUAUUAUUCCCAAGACUAGGGUUGGACAAGCAGUGAACUAUGGUCUAAAUGCCGAGCUGGAAUGUAUCGUGGAAGGCUUCCCGGCGCCUGUGAUUCAGUGGUUCAAGGAUGACAAAACCGAGAUAGUCAACAACCGUGACUAUCAGACGAGUAAUUUCCUCGGUGAGAACGACUUCACCUCCUCUAAGCUGACGGCGAAGAGAGUCAGGGCACUCCACUACGGAACCUAUUUCUGCCGAGCUGUUAACCCGCGAGGCUCGAACGAAGCGGCUGUGUCCUUGUACGAGGUGUCUGUGCCCAGCUACGAGCAAGGUGGAAAACCCGUUGAUUUUCUCGGCAAUUCCGGCAGAAAGAUGGUCCAAACCAUCUCAUCUGUGGCUCUGCUGUUACUGGUUGCAUUCCUCAUGCACUAACGUUCAUAGAGACGUGUGCAAUACAUUAUAAUUCAUUGUACAUAAUCUUGAGGCAGUUUUUAAACAUCGUAGAUAAGUUUGUAAAUACUCGCCGGGCGUUCGUGGCUGCUGGGUAAAAAGUUAUAUUAUGAUCGCGAUGCAUUUUCUUACCGAUUUUUAAUUACUUUUUAAGAUACGGCAGUAUUUUAUAUGUGAAUGUUCAUGUUAGUUUUAAGUAUAUACGUAAGGCAUCAUCUAAUCUUCGUUCCGUGGUUAUGGUUGCACCUCCAUAACACUGCAAUCGACGCUGUGGAUAUUCACAAAGGCAAAAGUAGUUUAUAUACUUUUAGUAAGAGGUUAACAGUAACGUGUCCUUGGUCUCAGUAUUGCUCGGUCUAUCCGGCUAACUUUUAAUCUCGCACGAUAUAUGUCGUUCUCAGGCCGAAUGGUGCUGUUACUGGUGACCAGUAUCACAAUCACACGCGGCCCCACUCAGAUACGUUACGCGAACAUGCAGCUUUAUAAACUUUUGUCAAUUCUCUGCUAAAUAUAACAAGCACGUCAGUCGUCAAUGAUUCACGUAGUUUAUACGUGUCUAUUAAAAUGCAAUAGUUUUUCAACGAGACAAAUCAGAGUACGCGUCAACUUUCCAGAUAUUUGCUAGUAGCCAAUUAACCAUGCUGAUGUUACUUCGUAAAUAUAAGCAAUGCGGAGUUUCAUGUUCUGUGUACAAAGAUUGAGUUUAUGAGGGUGAAAUACACGGUAUUAUGACAAAUUCUUAGGUAGACUCUCUUUAAACUAGAUGAUCUGUGUGUUUUAUCUAGAUGAUAGCCUGAAACGCCGAAUCAAACGUAAAUCGUAUGGAUCUUUCGGACUCUUCAUGAAAUCUUCAAAAUUUCAGGCAAAAGAACCUCGAAUGUUUAAGCAGUCUGCAUGAAAAUAUUUAUUACACCCUGCUUACGAUUGCAUGUAUUCAGCAGAUUAGGUAAUUUUACGAAUGUAAUGAGUACACAUGCUAUAGAUUUCCUAAGGCAUAAACGGAGUUGUAGUUUCAACUUGGGAGGCUGCACAUGUAUGUGAAAAUAGCAAUCAAGUUUGUUCAUUAUUAUCUGGCUUUAUAAGUAAUAUUGGUUUUAGCACACGCGCUUGUUUACAACUUGGAAUUAGUUUCGAGUUUGAUGUAAUUUGUUUUUUUACUGAAAAAUACAUUCAGAGUCGAUUACAUGAAUACCACGUCUUCUUUCGGUUCGUUAAAAUUUUAAUAUUGGCAUGUAAAUCCCGUCUAUUUUAUUGGUUUUCUUGUGGAAAAUGUCAUAUAUUAAUUAUAGAGAGAUGUGUACAUAGUCAAACCCAAUAUAUUUUCGGUAUCCCUUUACAAUCUAACUGGUGGGCCGGUAGGAGGAACUUUUGCACAGGCGCGGGAAAUGUUUCAAUAAUAAAAUUAUGGUAAAUAAAUACGAAAUAUAAUUUCUGCCAAA